AUGUAUGUCAUCCCGAAGUUAUCAUCCGCUAUUCCAAUCUACUACAACUACAUCGCGUUGGAUCGAAAGCAGCUCAAUGUCGACACUCCAUCUGAUUACCAAGAUGCCGAUGCUCGGGUUUCCACGAAAGGAAAAGUUUCCGUUUCGGCAACUUUGACAAACACUGGCUCUGUUGCUGGGAAGCAAGUUGUGCAGGUCUACCUCUCUAAGUUUGCUCCACUGAUCGAGAGACCGCUAAAGAAUUUGGUGCGGUUCGAAAAGGUCCGCUUGGAGCCCGGAGAAUCGAGGAGUGUUACAUUUGAGAUUCAGACGGAAGAAAUGGGAUAUUAUCUCAAUGAGAAGAAGCAGGUGGAUAAAGAUACAUACACGUUGUAUAUCGGUUCCAGCUCGGCGGAUGAGGAUUUGGAGCAGUUGAGCGUGACCUUCGUCUAG